GAAAUUCGAUGGCAUUGCAAGGGACAUUGACGGCAUCAAACUUCUUCUGCAGCAGCUCAACGUCACUCCAGAUGAGAUCCAGCCUGAAGACGGCUCUAUAAGGCAUCUCAAUCAAGCUGAUUUGGUGAAGCCUCUAAUCGAACAUCAGCCUGCACCCGCAUCGGUUGGCGAACCUUUAUGGGGCCACUCGACUCACAUCAUCGAAUUUGUCAAAGCUGUUGUAGAAGAUACAGGCUCCAGAGAUGUCGGGCCUGAAGCGACUGAAGUGCUUUCAUCAUUGGAAAGCUUAGUACAGGCUCUGGAAGACCCUGCUGCCGUUCGCGACUUGUCUUUUCCAGAGGACAACGUCGCAAAUUACCAGGUCAAGCCUCCCAUGCCCCCCUUGGAGGCGGUCAUGGCGAUCUGUCGAAAGGUGUACUUCGCUGUAGAUGAUUAUAGUGAAUGGGACCUUAUCCCCGCCAAUGGGUACCUCUCCUACAUAUUCUCAGAGCAUGUCAUCAACUUCCACAGCGCUCUUUCGCGGCUCCCACUUCUGUUACCAGCAUCCAUGGAGGUCAUUGCGACAUUAACGCUUGGAGUACCUACCACAGAUCUCUGCCAGACGCUGAGAUAUCAUCGCCGUCACUCCCGAGGAGGAACUGACCAACCCCUACGAGCUUCCCAAGAAUGUCUGUUUUGGACGGUUCAUAGAAUCGAGAAAGGGCUUUCGCUUCGACUUGGCCGACCAUCCAACAUUCACGACGCUGAAAUUACGUUAGAAAUGAACCCGGAUGAGCCACGGCAUACUAAGGUUGCAAGUAUUCAGGAAAGAGCCUACGACCAACUGUACAGCCCAGCGGGCCUAUCUCGACCAGAUGAGGAACGCGAAACGAUCAAAGAAACACACUCCGAGGUUCUAGGUGUUACCAAUCAGCCCAACGGUAGUGAAAUAGACCAAAUGCGAGUCGUGUGGCUGCAGUGCGACAUGGUUUGCCAAACUUCUUUACUGGCUUUGAUUCUCAGGGCCAUCCCCGCCGCUCGAAGCUCCCCAAGCGGUGUUUCAGACGACUGUGUUGCUGUCGCUCGCGACGCUCUGGAAAUACACGAGCAAUGUAUCAUGUGCGUACGUGGCUGCAAAAAUGACCCACUCAUGGAAACGAAAUAUUUCAACUGUAUCCUGUUUACCUGCGCUGUCCAGCUUUUGGAUGUCGCCGACCUAGACCGCUUGAAUCGCUUCGCAGUCUCGUUGCAGCCUGACGCAGCUUCCCCGGAGUCGGCCACGCACCCAUAUCGAUUGUAUAAGCUUCUCUGCCAGGCUAUAGGGCUCUACUUCGGUUCAAACAGUUCUUCUUCGCCCGUAAACCCGACCUUAACCCACAAUCUGAUAGAUUCUGUGGACGAGUUUGACUUCGUGGACUACGGGAUAGACGUAGGGGCAACAGGAAAUGAGGCGUUAGAGGCUGGUGGUCCUCAGAUGUCUGCACUGGGUGAUUGGUUUUUCGGUAAUCAGCAGAUCAUGAGCUUUCUAGACGAGGAUGUGCUGUUUUGAUUUUCUGCGAGGACGGUCAGCUGUACAUUUCGUAGGAACGAUCGGCCGAGUCUGCAAACACCCACCGCUUGUUUUCUCUUGGGUAGGAAUCCUACGGUUUUCCAACACCUCAAGCGCAGUCAUAGCAGCUUCGCAGAUGGGAGCGGAGGCUGGUCGUGUUAGAGCUCUCCUGAGGCGGAGACGGCAGAGACGAGUCAAAGAGGAAGGCGAUAGGGCUCAUUCCGGGCAUCGGAGAAGGGCAGCAAGCGCCUUGAGUGGGUUGGGACGAGGGGCAUCCGAAUUUCAAGGCCUUGAAAGGGAUCGUGGACUAGUUGUCGCCCGUACAGAAUCGUUUGGUCCCGGAUUUCGGCAAGUGUUUCAGUGAGUAAAAGAGAGAUGGAUAAGCGUCUGGUAAAUGCCUGGUGUUGAUUCGCAAGUAUCAUUAGUAGAACCUCAUUGCUCCGCCAAAUAAUCCACACCUGCCAGCAAUCCACUUCCAGAG